CCGCCAGCUGCUCCCCCCCCCGCCUGUUCCAGCGUCGUCAAGCCAUGAGCCGGAGCAGACUCGUCAGCAGCUUUGCCACCCAGGAAUCGCUCUCGGCCGAAGAGGUUCGCGUCGACCUGGGCUGGUCGUCGUCCACCCAGCCUGCUGCUGCUUCUGUCGCCGCUGCUGCAUCCGCAAAUGCCGGCCCCAAUACCGCCUCUCCUGCCUCGCACGAGGGCCAAGCCGGCCCCGCCACGAACCCAACCCACUGUGCUGUCUGCAAGAAACCUUCUGCCCGGAGCGACGGCCUCGACAUUUACAAGAUCCGCAAGCUCGACCCCCGAUUGCAGCGCCAUAUUCAGCGCGCCCACCCGACGCUGGCCCUGAGCAGCCCCGAUGCGCGCGAUUGGGGCAUCUGCACCUUCGAUCUGCACUCGGUGCUGCGCAAGCGGGUCGAGCAGCUCCUCGAGGAAGACAGCGCCAGCCUCGCCCAGCUGCAGGAUGACGCCAUGAGGAACCUCGGCCAGCACGAGAUCGAAGAGGAGGUCUGGCAGCGCCAGUUCGACACGAAGCGCACCUUUGGCCAGAAGGCCGCCGAUGCUGUCGCCAGAUUCGGUGGUUCGUGGGGCUUUGUCCUGGCUCUGACCGGAUUCCUUGUGACCUGGGCUGCCCUCAACCUUAUUCUGGCUCAGUUCGGCUCCUCGCCAAAUGGGCUCGCGUGGGAUCCAUACCCGUUCAUUCUCCUGAACCUGUUCCUGUCCUCGCUGGCGGCCUUCCAGGCACCCAUCAUUAUGAUGUCCCAGAACCGUCAAAGCUACCUCGACCGCCUUGAGAGCGACUACAUCCACAAAAUCAUCUUGCGCAGCGAGAACCAGACUCGCCACGUCAACACCAAGCUCGACCAUCUUGUCAACAGCCAGUGGAGACGACUCCUGGAGAUGCAAGAGCUCCAGAUUGCUCUGCAGGAUCAAUAUCAUGGCGGCAGCGACAUGUCCGCCGUCCUCAAGAUGCCGACCGAAGGUGCCCUCCCGCUCGACAACCGCCUCUCUGAGACCAUCAACCGUGCUCCAAAACACUUGAGCUUCCAGACCCAGCCGGACGACCACACCAUGCUGCUGCUCCGGAUUUACUACGGGCUCGAGAAGGCCGAUGACCACUUUAUCUUUAGCCACUGGCACUGGGACGGAGACAACUUCUUUGGCUACAUCGACAACGUCAAGCUCAACAUCGACGCCAACAAGAACCGCCUGCGAUCGAUCACCUACGACAUCACCUUCAGCGAGCCGAAUGUCACGCUUGACGAUCUGUUCUCGGGCGAAGGAUCCGUUAACUUGCGAAACGACUUUGCUCUCACCCACAUGAACCUCACGGGCCGAAUCGCGUCCAUCAUUAUCGCUACCAACGAAAAGGUUCACUCCUUCAGCAACGGUGACCUGCCCAACCGAUACAAACCCAGUUUUGCCGUCAAGCGCAUCGAUCGCAUCACCGACCUGUGGAAGUCGCCCAUCAAAAAGGUCACCAUCGUCUAUGCUCCGCCCAAUCCAAUGGCCGUCAUUGAAAUCCCUGCGAAUCAAACCCUCAGCUAUGUUGACGUUACCUUCUUCCCGCCGCAAUCAAAGUCGAGCGCACGCCUCUACCUCGACUCCUACUUCCGGGACAUGGAUUCGUCGCUCAAGAUCCUGGCUGACGAACGGCCGCUCCCUGUUGCCUGGCAGAAAGUCGCCAGCUGUGAAUGGCCCGAAGAGCCCUCGCCGGUGCCUUCUGCCAUAUCCUCUGGCCAGGAGGUGCGCGAUCCCGUCGCUCCGAUUGUCAUGGACGUCAGAGUUGAGAUCGAGGGUCCGCGCACCGUUGUCCUCUUCUGCGAUGACACGCAUGUCACCUUCCACGGGCACUUGAGCGAUCGCGACCAAUAAACGCAGAACCACUGCUAGA